AUGGAGUGGAAGACUAACCUGAGGCGUACCCAGUCACUGAAAAGCAUCCAGUCGUCAUGUGACAAGCCCACUUGGACAGAGGCAGGACUGCGCAAUAAGACAACAUCUGUGUCUCAGCUAGUUUCCAGGUAGACCCACUCUUUCUGCAUCUGUGAGAGCUAAACAGCAACAUGUUCAACCCUCUGUUAUCUACUAUAGGCAGUAAAUCAGUAUUAUAGCUGAUUACAAUGGCUUUACUUACACAACAGGUAUCAAACUACAGUGGUAGUAACCACUUCUGUUCAAGAAACUACCAUAAAUGGCGGUGAAGAAAAGCCAAAGCAGGCUAUGAAAGAGGUAACCUUUGACUUCACGUUAAAGUAUUCAAAUAAAUCACUAAAAUCAAUCUACACAGCUUCAUACAAUCCUGCAUUUUCAGAUUUCAGCUUCUAACCUGGAGUCUCUGAUGCUGAGAAAUGAAGAGAGGGAACGGUCUCGAGCCAAGACCAAUUUGACUCGCAGUACAUCAGUGGGGAGUCUUCAGAACAACAGCGGGUCUAUAGGGUCCCUGAAGGCUCUGUUUGAGUCAAAGGCUGCCACGCCAAAUAAUUCAAAGAGCAGCUUCAGAGCCACAAGUUUCACAUCAACCCACAAAGCAGCAUACAGCAUGCCGGUGAUGAACGGAGAGGUGGGAGAGGUAAAGAGCUCUGCAGAGGAACGAAAGGCCAAAACUUGGGCUGAUCCUCCAGCCAAUGAGACUGAAACUGAUGGAAAACAGCAUGUGGCUCGAAAGGUAAGUACAACAUUGUCAUUACUUUUUAACUCACCAGAGUCAUACCUGACAAUCUGUUUUAGUUAUCAUGUAUAAGAAUACUUGUUAAUGGCUUUCGGCCUGCAUCAAGUAUCAGCUGACUCUUUGACGCAUGUUUAGCUUGCAACUCUGAAACUUCUUAUCAAAUUAAUCUAAUGGAUACGGUUAAUAUAUUACUGCAUAACCCUGGCUCUAGUUUCUGACUAUUUAAUUAGUACCCUUAUUUAGAUUUCAUCCCUAACCUUGUCUUAAUCAGCUCAACCCUGCCUGGCUGUAGCUUAGGUUUGCUCAAUGCACAGGUCAGAAGAAGAAAACUGUUUGUUCCAGCACACUGGUGAUCUCAAAAUGACUGUGUCUUCGUCACUCAUACCUGGUGAUAAUUGGUUUCUCAUUAAUUUAAAUAAUAGCUAGUUUGAUGUACAUCGUAUUACAAAAUUACUGGAGGGAGGGAAGGAUAAAGAGAAUACAGCAUUUUAGAGGUGGGAACACAAACCCUGCUAAAGGUCUAACAGUUUCUUCUUUCUCCCACUAGGAGGCGAGUCAGACUCGAGCAGAGAGGAGAAAAACAAUCAGCGGCAUUGAUUUUGAAAAACUUGCUGCCACUCAAGCUGGUCAGUACCUGAUGACAUGAACCAAAGAUCACUCUUUGAUUCACUAACCUGACAGUAUCAUAAUCCUUCCUGUUGCCAUAAACCCAGGUUAUGUAAUUCAACGUGAUAAAAAGUAAUGUAAUGGAAGUGUUUGUCUACAAAGUCACUAUCAGCAAAACUUAAAUUAAAGCUUAAUUAAUUUAAGAUGAAGGAAAUUUGAUAUUGAUAAGAAAUCUACAACAAACAAAUAUACAGCACAGCCAUAAACCCCAUCCUGUAAUAAUAAAAACACUGACUAAUUCAAUCAUUAUAUUGAGUUUCAGAGCACAGACCAGUUGAUAAGAGGAGAAACUGACACUGUAGACCACAGAUCUGCAAACUAGGCCUUUAAACCACUUCAGAUCUUCAAUAAAUCAUACUUUUAGACGUUUAAAAUCCUUAAGUACAUAAAGUAUUAUCUGGAUAAAAGAGCACCACACAGCAGCAAUAACCCAGGAUUUACUAAUGAGUUUCCUAGCCUCACAUUUUGCUUUGAAUCUACCACAAUAGUAAAGGAAAAGCACAUUUGCUUUUAUGUUACCCCAAAACCAGUAUCUGAGUGGUUCUGCAUCCAAAAGAGCCCUAACUCUGACCCUGCUCUCUUGGUCAGUACCCCGCUGUCUCAGUGUCCCUGACUCAGGUCAAAGCCGGUGACAGUAUGAAUGAAACUGGCGAGUUGAAAAUGGAGAUCAAUAACAGCACAGUGACUGUGCAGGAAGCCCAGUUUGACUCAUGGGCCACUUUAGAACAAGAUAAAAAUAGUAGGACAUCCUGCAGGUCCAGAAUAAGUGCAGGAGGGUUAUGGGGUCAGCUGUCACUGGGGCAGGAAUGAGACAGAGGGAGGGAGCACCAGAGGCUCCAUUUCCAGAAACAAACCGACAUGGACUACGACCAAAACACAUUCACGAACCGAAAAGAACAUUAGAGGACAGGCAGGGUGGAAGAAACUGUGAGCUGGUCAUCAUUCGUGAGUACAGAGCUGUAUUUAGUUUGAAUCUACUCAAUCUGUGUAAGAAGAAAAAUGUUUUUAUAUGUUAUCGUGGCUUCCACAUGCUCUUGACCUGUGUUUACUCGUCCUUACCCAUGGUGCUGCUUAAAUAUCUAUGAUCAAUAAUCCUUUGAGUAAAGACUGAUCAAAUACGAUUAUGUGGAGACUAAUACUACAAGAAGUCUGAAUUUUCCACCAAAAGCCACAUGAAUCCUUAAGUUGCAAACAUCCUGCUUUUUCUAUUUAUAGUUACGAAGUGUUUGAUUCACAAUAUGGCCUGAGAUGUUAGAUUUAACAUUUGCAUUUUGUUAAAACAAUGUAUGUAUGCAUUUUCUGACAUGUUUACUUGUGCUGUUUUGUGCUUUGUCAAAUGUAGCUGCAGUGACGUGUCUGCUCCUUUAGCUCUCAGUAUUUGUGUCACUGGAGUCAGGUGUCUGUCCCUCUCCUUCACAAGUGGUACAUUUAUAGCUUGACCACAUGGCAGCUGUCUAAAACAAGCUUUGAAAGUGUUGAUACUAGUGUGAUUUUUCCCCUUUUUCUUAAUAAAACUUUGGGUUUUAACAGUUAGAGUUAGAGUUAAACAUACACAAACCAUAAUUUUGAUGUGAGAAGUUUCAAAUAGUGAACAGUUAACCCUCCUUCUGUGUUAGGGUCUGCACAGACCCGUUUUUGAUUUAGAAUGCUUAAAAGAACCACUUAAAUUAGUUUUUUUUGCAUCAAGACUUUUUGACUUUGUCAGGAACCUCUAUUUCAACAAAAUAAAAAAUAAAAAAACUAAAGUGACUAAAUCAUAAAAUGCUCUUAUUAAAAUUAUGGCACUUGUCGUGCUAGGAUUGCUGUUGACCCAGUUAGAUCAAUAUCUAAUAUUUAGAGCAAAAACUGAAAUCAUGUGGGCACUUUCAGGCACCACACUGACAGUCAGAUCCUCUUCCUAUCAUGUGAGAUUCAGGAAAAUUUUGCCAUGUUUUUCCCUGCACAAAAACAGCGGCAUGUGCAGACGUGAGAUUAAUUCAGUGUAGAAGUCUGUGUGAGGGGUAUACUGACAAAGAAAGGUCCAGAGGCCCAUUACAAAAACUAUUAUAAGCAAUAUCUUUAUGGAUAAUGAACCCAAACAAGGUUACCUAGAAAUGAAAACCAAAUUAGAUGAUAGAGAAUUGUUUUUAGUGUCAUUUACAGCUGAUUUAAGACACGUGUCAAAACCAACUCUUAACAUGGUGGGUGUGUAUUAAAAGCUAACACAGGAGGAAGGUCAAUGGCAUGACAACGUAUCUUACAGAAAGACCUUACUUAUAUUUUCACAACAAAUAAAGAAAAAACUGGUCACUUUGAACUGCUUUGUAUUGUGUCUCUGCAGAUGACAAGAGGAGAUCAAUUGCAGAUUUCAGAGACAGCUCCUUCUACCAUACCAAGGAGAUACCGAGUGUCUCAGUCAAAGCUAUGUCUGCACUCUAUCUGUCCAAAGUGGCACCACAGGAAUCGAACCGCGGCCCACAGCAGGUAAACAUCUGAGUACUUAUUAUGAUCUGAGCUCUGCAUGUAUUAUUCCCUAUCUAAUAAGCUUAUACUUAAACAUGCUGAUAUCAUUAAGUUAGAAAAAGACCAAAGUGAAGCUUUUACUAGACAUGCAUAAUACAAAACUAACAACCUUCUCUGAUGAGAUAAGAAUGAAGGUUUCAUCCAGCAUGUGGAUCAUCAAACUUGACAUGCUCACAGGAUCAGUAUCAGGAGUUUACAUCACAGUGUCAAAUUUUGCAAUCAGACUGUGAUUGAGACGACAACAAACAGGCAAAGUACAGGCAACUAAAGAUAAUGUCCCAAAAAGCCAUAAGCUGGUAAAAUCUUUGGUCUUCCCUCUCAGGAAAAGGUUGCUCAUCAAGCGUUGUAAGUUCAACGAUUUUAUCAUUAGUAGCUUUUGUUUUCUGUCUGGCUCUGAUAAACUCCCUGCUGUAUUCACAAUAGGCACUACUGUUCUUGUCUUUGUAUUGGUGCUUUGGCUGCUAUUGCUUUGUGUUUCUACAAUACAUAUUUGCAAUGAAGACAACUUUUCAAGUGACUUAAAGGUUCCUUGUAGUAAAACUUGAGGACUUAAAGUCACUGGAAUACUUGCAAUAAUUGUUUGAUUGUAAAUGCUUAAUUAGGGAAGAGUUUGACCUGACAUAGUUAUUGUUUAUAACCAGGGACAAGAAAAGUCAUCUGAAUCUGGGAAAAGAGGGAAACCAACCAAGGUAAGGUAUAUUUUUUGAGAUAUUUAGCAUGAUGGUGUGCACUGGUUUGAGUUCUUGCUGUAACAAAAAUGUUAAAACAAUAUCAUUCACCUUGAAUGUUCAGAACUAAAUAAGUUCAAAUGUCCUCUACAGGAUGAAACAGUAAUAUUAACCUCCACACUACUGAAUUUCUUAUUUAUCAUCAUGGUUGUGUUACUUGUUUCUUUGGAGUCCGGACAACCCACUGACCCCAGCAUGCGAAAAGCAAACUGUCUGCCGUGUUUUUGAAGGUAACUAAUUGCUCGUGUAGCUGCAAGCAUGCCCUGACAGUCUGCAGCAUGCGUUUGCUGGAAAUCUUCCCUCAAUAAGAACUUAAUGACAAGAACAUUACUCUGUCCUCAAAGAUGGCUGAAGACCCUGAACAACAGAGGAAAGUUUUCCCCUCUUCAACAUCUUCAGCCAGACUUCAACCAGGACCAGAUGAUUUCUUUGGGGCACACCCCCAAAAGUCAAUCCCACCCAAUCUCUCCAAAGAAGAGUUAUACGAACAGCGGCAGAAAUGUGAGCUGAGAAGGCUCCUGAAGCACACUCAUCCAGAGCUGAAGAUGCUGGAUGAUGUUGUGGAUGAGGAACUCGCUGAGGUUUUGGGCUCGGAGUUUGGGGGGACAGCUGAUGAAACUGGAUAUGAGGGAGAGGUCCUGUCAAGACGCAUGUUAUUUGAGAACUGUGCCUUGAGUAACAAAGUGUCUCCCUACUCCCACAAAACGCACAUGGCAGAGAAGACCGUGGAAAGAAGCCGUGUCAGUAAAACACCAGCUGUGUCUGAGGAGCAUGGUGGGAACAAGAGUGUUCAAGGAACCAGUGAGGAUGGCGAAAUUCUGGGAUCCAGUCAGGAGAUUACAAGAGAGGAAGAGGAGGAGAUGACAAGAAUAGAUGUGCAGGCUACCAGAAGGAAGUUUGAGAACCAGUCGGCAGUGAACACAUGUAUGCUGAUGCCAGAUAAGAAGUAUCAGUGUAAAGUUUCUAUUUCUGGUGAUGAGACAAGGCAAGUCCAAAAACAAGACCAGCAGUUUAAAGGGGGUAGUAAAGAAAGUCAAAACCAAAGCCAUGCCUGUACAAAAAGCAAGGAUGUAGAAGACCAGAUCCAUAAAAUAAGCCAAGGUUUUCAUAGCCCGGAUAAAAGCCAUCAGUGUCCUGGUAUUGAACAGAUUUCUUUUGAUGAAAAUACCUUUGAGGAUGAGUCAAUAAACCCUUCUGAUCCAGAGAAUAUUAGAGAAAUAAUCAAAACAAGUGCAGCUCUUUUCCAGAACAACCCGUUCAUCCCAACUAACAUAGAAAGAGAGCACUCAUUUGCAGAUCCACUGAAACCUGAAAGAGUACCAGAAGAUGGCGCAGCAGAUCAGGGUCAUCCGAUCGCUAAUGUGAAGGACAGGACCCAUGUAUUUGAAUCAAUGCCAUUUCACCAAAUAAGGCAUCAGGACCAAGACCAAAUUGAGUCAAUGACAGAGAACAUUAAGGAAACAUUGGAUUCCCUUUAUCAUGUUAAUGCCAUUCAUUCAAGUGGCUCAAUAAUUGAAGUGAACGAGACAAUGUUAGCUAAAAAAGCUAAAUUUACACUUACAAAGAAAGGGCUUGAGAUAAAAUACGACGAGGUGGCUGAAGGUGGUGCGCAAAACUUCAUACUCCAGUUGCUACCAAGGACAAAUCUAAAGCCUCAGAUCACUUACCUAAAGGAGAGGAGAGAUGGAAGUAUGAAGGCUACAGUGGUAAAUGUGCCUUUGCACCACCAUCAACAGGACACAGAGUUCAAAACUGCCAAUGUGGUUCAGGUUGUUGAGGAUAUUCUCAAUCAAGAUAACUCUCUGAGGAAAGGAGUGAUAUUCCAGGAGGAUGGAGAAAAAUGUGCUGAAGUAAUGGUUUACUCCCUCUACAAGUACUUUGACAAGGAAGACGUUAAAAGCUACUGUCCUCCACAGGCUGUAGAGUGUGAUAAUCAAGAGCCAGAAAGAGGUGAAGUGGUUAGAAGGGACGACCAAGAAGCACAGACAGGCUUUGUUGAAUCAGCCAUAAGCUGUCUUCUAGCAACCUCAAAUGACCGAAGUUACAAAGAAUCAACAAGGCCUGAAGUUACAGUCAAGGCAAAUGUUAAAUUGUUUAAGAGUUGUAUUGAAAAGGGAGAGCUGGAAUAUUUGAAAUCUCUUCAGACUGAGCCAUCACUGGGAGAACAAGACGAUCCUUCAAACCAAAAUGGGCCUGGACAACAAACCGACUCUCAUCAUGAAAAAAGAGAUGAUCACGAAGAGGAAGGUACCUCUGAAUGGGCUCCAGUGGAUGUUCAGAGGCUGAAAAACAUGUUCUCCAAAGAUGGAGGACCAGUCCAACCCAAGCAAAACAUAUAUCUGUAUGACCAUCAUACCAAGUCUGUUUGUUCUCCAAGUCAUAAUGAUGAGAGUGAUGCCCAUGCCUCAAAAGAGCCAAAGGACUUGGCAGUCACACGACAAGGUUCAUAUGUAAAUGUUCAGACACAACAUGGUGACGUGGUCCACCAGGCUGAAUUAGUUGAGGUAGUAGAUGACAGCGACGAAAUCUCUGGCCUCCAAGCAGCAAUACAUAACCUCAAAGUAGCCACACUUGAGGCCAAGUCCUUGCAUCAGUCAUCACAAGAGAUACAGAAGGUUCCUGAUCAAGACACUUUUAAGGAACCUGUUUUCUCAACUGGUGUUAAAUUGUCCUCUGAAGGUAAGUCAGAGCCUUCAUAUGAGAAUUCAGAGACAUGCUGUAAAGACGUUCCCUCUGAAGGAUCACAAACUACUGAGACAUACAACCAAGGGGGUCAAGAAAGUAAAAAGAUGGCACAGCAACAACUCGUCCAGGCUGCCCCUUCAAAUGUGCAAAGUUCAGAAGUGUCAGCUCUACAGCAAGAUGACGAGGAAGUGAUUUUUCAGGGUAAACUUCAAGCAGCUUUGGCUUCCUUAGGGAGAUCCAACAUCAAUGUCACUCAAGGAGAUUUCAGAGCAGCUAUGAUAUACAGAAGCUCAUCCAAACCUUAUAAAGGUCCACCACAAUCUGAGCACGGAGAGUUAGCUCAAAAGACUAACAAAGAGGGGAUUUUGCCUGUGACUGAUCCUGCCGAGCCAAUGACACAUAUGGUUACCAAAACACAGGUGUCAACAGAAAAUUUGGAGCCAUUAGGGCAAAUUGGAACUUCAAAUGAACCAUCUUCAAGGACUAACUUGGAAAAAAGUAGAAAGCCUGCUGGUCCAAAGCCAGUCAUUCCACCUAAACCUGAGCAUCUAAAGUUAAAACAAGGAGAAUGUCAAUCAACCAACCCAAAGAAACCAGAGGCUCUUCAAACUAAGACCAUAACUUCUAAAGAAACAUCUUCACAAUCAUUGGCAUUUACAUCAAUUUCAGCCAAGAAUGAACAUCAACAAUACCAGCAAGAAAUCAACAGUGGUGCAAACUUUGGACUAGACUCAGAUAUUUCCUUGGGAAGUGAGAACUCAGAAAAGAGUAUCAUUGUUAAACAACAGGAUGCUCAAGCCACAGCAGAAGGGAAAGGAUCCCAGGACUUACCAAAUAAAGGCAACAUGGGUGAGACAGAUGAAAGCCAUGUAGAUUUUCAUGAAGCAUGUCAGAAAUUUGAAAGUAAAAAGGCAAUUACAGUAAAGUGUGCUCCUGUAAAGCCCAAAAGAGUUAAAAUAGCCCAAUCUGAGAACAAAAACCCUAAACACAUACAUGUAGAUACAAAUCUCACACAUUUGGUUAAUGAACCUCAAGGAAAAAUCAUCAGUUCAUUCUGUAGUAACCAAACAGCCGACAGCAAAGACAAACACCAGAAAAAGAUUGAACAAGAAAGCAAAGUAGAGAUGAGGGAAAAGAAAGGACGGAUCGAGACAGAGGAUGAGCGCAGACAGAGGCUGUCCGUUCACAUGGAUGAGAUCAUGAGAGGGAACAUAAUAGCAGCCAUGGAGAUCUUUGACAACUUGAGAAAACAAGAGGAACUGAAGAGUAUCCUUAGUCGCGUUGAAGAAAUCGAACAGGACACGAGUGAUGUUGAUGUAAGGUCUUUGAGAAGAGUUUUUGAGAACGUCCCUGACUGGGUUGUUAGCUCCGACAAAAAGAAACCACAAAAGGAAAAGGUAGAAAACAAAAAGGAAAGGCUCAUGCCAACAAGAGAGAGUACAGAAAGUAAGUCCUCAAUGGCGCAUGUCUUCGGGGACCUUGAGCGAGCCAGUGAGGAAAUCAUGAAUCUCAAAGAACAGACUUUAGCCAAACUCAUAGACAUAGAGGAAACUAUAAGGAAGGCUCUUUAUUCUGUCUCUACAUUGAAAUCCGACUCUGAUAUUGCAGGUUUAUCAAGCUUGUUCAAAGAGUCAUUGGGGACAGCACAUCCAUCCUCUGGUAAUAUUAGCAAAAUAAGCAUUGAGUCAAGCAGAACAAAAUCACAGACAGCAAGGGAAAGACCUGCAACGAUGGGAAACACAGCCCUUCCAGUUGAGCAUUCAAGCAAUGUAUUACCCUCAUCAAAACACCAAACAAGUCCUCCAUCCUCCCCUGCUUUUAUCUCCAUCCAGUCAGCUGCAAGGAAGACGGAUAAAAAAGAGCCGCCUUUAAAAGAUAAUACGAUGUGUCUGGCAUGUCAGCACAACCAAAAGACAGAGGAGAAAUUCCGGACAACAAAAACCCUGACAUGCAACAGCCCUGCGCAGAACAGAAAAAAAGACCCCAGAAAAGGAGGGAAAAAAGGAUCCUCUCAGGACCAAAGGAAGCCUAACCGAGAGCUCAGUGUUCUCGAUGUGCAAACCGAUCCAAGGGAAAAGGUGUUGUAG